AUGAAGCAACAUGUAUUUGUUAUUCGUUCUUCGUACGCAGCGCUAAUCUAUGCCAUUAUUGUGGGCACGGGGAUAUUGUUUACUCUCUUUGUGGGGAUUUGGAAGCACCAUGAUGAGUUGUUAUACACGCACUGCAGGGUGCCGGAGUAUUGGCCAAGUAUAAGUACGCUUACCGGAGACUUUCAGCCGGAGCGACAGAUAUGGCGGGCCGCGUUUGUUUUAUGCACACCGUUUCGUCUUGGAGUGACCAUUUCGCUCCUUCUGGUAUUUUGGCAACGUGCCUGCGGAGGUAUGAGUGAAUUGAGUAGCAUGCGACGCUCCCCCAUCAGUUUGGUUAGAUCUUCUGCCUUUUUGACACUGGCGAUAUUUUCCUUCGAUAUAACGCGUCUUCUCGGUGCGCUAACGUGGACUAUGAUAUCGUCCAUUGAGAACCUCGAUCGACACAAUGUGGGGUUUGCGUUUUACGUCUUUCUGAGCUUUCUGGUGCAGGUGGUUAUCGACAUUGUCGUGCGGCGAAACGCGCACAAUCCUGAAAUUUAUGCUUCAUCGGACGAUUAUCGCUUGUCUUCUUAUUGGAAACGUGUCUUUCUCAUUGGACAGACGACGGGUGCUCUUUCCCACGUUAUUUUUUACGUUCGUCACAUUAACACAUGCGCUCCUGGUGCAUACAGUCUAUCCACAAUGUCGGAGUGGUUUUUUGCGGCGUGCAAUAUUUGUUUUGACGCCACGUUGUGGUUUGAACUGAAGAAGACCUCGUGGGCUUUUGGCAUGACACCAGGGAAGUGCAAGGAACUUGCCUCGAAAAUUGUGCAAGACCCAGUGGGGGAAGCUAGUAGCGGCAGCGAGCAGAGGCCGGGGGAAUAUCACACUUCACAUGAGGUUAAAUUUUUCCCAGAGGAUGAUAAACCCGAGGACGAUGUGAAGAUACACGAAUUCACAUUCUGCUGUGCUCCGUCGAGCACGACGAUGUGGCUGGUGGACACGUAUUGGGCGUAUCUUUUUUGGGAGAUGACUGUCCACGUGGUGGAGCACAUGUACUUUAUGCCCUUGGUGGCUAUGUCUAUUUCCUGGGAGCUGUUUGGUGGCUUUGCAUAUUGCUCACCGGUGCUUUUGAAAUUUGCAGCAUUCCGUCGAUGGGCACUUGGUUCAGCGCCGUUUAUAAAAUCAUCUCUUGUAGGAGGGAAGGGGAAUAGCCAGCAACAUGUUCCCAUGUAUCUCUUUUUUUACCUGGUUGCCUCCCUUUCCCACGUCCAUGUCCAGGUGAAAAACGGUGAACGAUUGAAGCUGUUGAUGACAAUGAUUGGACCAUUUUUUCUUUCCUUGGCUAUCUUCUGUCGCUACCUUUACCCAUCAUCCUUUGUGCGAGACACCAGCGAUGACAACUGUCGUAUGCUGUACUCUUUUCCAUUGGGCCUUGUUGUGAGCAUGCUUGUUCGGAUUCUGUACAUUUCACAAGACCCCGUCUUUACGGAUGCCAUGUACGCUGGGCUGUUUGGUAUUAUUUUUGGUAUCACAUGUACAACCAUUCUAUACCGGUAUGUGAUGUUUUCAGAGGUCGAUUCUAGCCAACGUGAGCCUGAAUUAACAUAUGCGAAUAACGGGAAUCAGCAACGACAUGUGCACUUCUCUCGUACACCACAGACAAACGCUAUGGCAACUCUAGCAUUGGCCUACAAGCCGUUUUCUCCUGCCAUUUUGGGUCUGUUGUUUGGUUUUCUCGGCACCGUUUCCUUAACUUUUUUCUCAUGCGCCAAUUAUAUUCCACGACUUCUGGCAAUUGAUCCGUAUCCAGCCAAUUUGAUGGUUGCCCUGAGUUUUUUUUUGGGCCUGUACUACUCGCAGGACAUUCUACCCGUUGUAUCAAAUAGAAAACAAGGUUGGCUUCUGUGGGGCCGUUUGGGUUUUUGCCUUCUUGGAGGAUGUCUCACAAUGCUUUUUGGCACGCGUCAAACAAACCGCUCCUACGAACUUUCUCACGAGCACUAUCCAACAACAAUGAAGAGUUUGAAGGAGCAUGUGGACAUUCGUUUUUGGGCCGUAGAAGAGGAUUUUUCUGGUAACAAAUAUAUUGCCUUCUGUGGAGGAAUUGUCAUGACGCUUUGCAUUGGCGUAUUGUAUCCACUUAUCGUAGAGCUGGUCUUUGUCCAUCAGCGAGCACGUCGUCUUUUGAACGUUGCCCCAGGGAAAACAGAAGAUUCACACGAGCCUCACGCUCUUCCGGCGACACGUGUGACAUCCUUUGAAUUAGUAUGGGCCUUGACGAGUAUCGUUUUUCUUUUGCUUUUUGCUCUAUGCAUUUCGUACCCAUUUGUUCCAAUGGCAUGGCUCGUGCGUGAGCGUUCCGUUUCACUGCACCUUGGCACGGUGGCCGGCAUGUUCUUUCUUGCCCUGUACUUGUCUCGCCGUGUGGGGAAUGCGGUCUCUGUGGCGGGGAAAGAUUUUUACGAAAUGAAGCGGCAACGGCGUAUUCCGCUUAUGAUAGUUCUAUUCCUCUGCUUUGCUGUUUUUUCUAUUGUUAUUGGCCGCUUUGCACUGGAGCCCAAUAAUCGUAGUAUUCCCUAUGGGAAGGACGCGGCCCGUCGCUUUAGUCGUGAGGUGGUGCAUGUACACGAGGCUAUAACGAGGCUAAAGACACAGAGGAAUGUCAUCACUGACCCUCUUUUAAAAAAGUAUGAGGUUAAAUUUCAUGAGGAACACUAUGGGACCCAAUUGAAGUACCUGAAAGAGGCGGUGAUGGAGGGGGACAGCAACAACUCGAAAUUGAUCGAAUAUAUUCCAGAGGAAAAACACAGAAUUUUACUCUCACUUUUAAGCUUUGAAGAAAGAGUGGAGGUUUGGGAGGCCGCGUUGGAAAUGACGUUCUUUUCGGGCAUGAUAUGGACCGUCCAUUUUGCGCUUGACAACACAAAUACGGAUUCUCUCACAAGAAUGGUGAAACAGGCGGAUUUGACUGGAGCGGGUGUGAUUGGGUUGCUGGAAAGUGACUCCAUGCACUUAGCGAAUGGAAAUCGUGAUAUAGUCGAAUUCUUGUCGUAUCAUCUUGGGUAUCGGUAUACCAGUUACGGACCCACCGCGCUGGACAACACGUAUGGGUGCGCAUUGAUAUCAAAGUACCCCAUUUUAAAUGUCCGGCGGUACAUUACCCCCUCACCUCAGGGUGAACUGUCGUGUCUGAUUCACGCCGAGCUUGAUGUGUUUGGUAUCACCAUCCAUACCUACGUGGAUCACUUUGGCAACACGGAGCAUUGGGGGGAUGGGCUACUUCAAUCGCAGUUUCUUGGUCGCCUUGUUUUACGCAACCCUGGGCCUUCCGUCUUUCUUGGCUACAUUGUGUCGUACCCUGGAAACCCGGAGCGGUAUGAAUAUUAUGCCUCCCAGACAAAGCCCGGAUUUCUCCGUGACACGGCACUCGAGUUGUAUCGAAAUCAUUCGUGGUACCGCAUGCAAGAACGGGGCGGCUACGAUGAGCCUGUGCCGACGAGGACCACCCCUCCACCUGGUGAACCGUUGGACUUCAAUGUCGACUGGAAAAUGGAGCAUGUGGGCCACCUUGAGCGGGGCAUGGUGCCGGACCCCGCUUUUCGGCGAACACCAGAAGGGAAGGACCGACGCUACUUCAAAUUUAACGACACCCAGCGCGUCACCACGUAUCACCCCCGCUUUGAGUUUAUCGACCGGUACUGCCAGUACAUCUUUUACAAGACGGGGGCCACCAAGGAUGAGCGGCCGGAGGAUGCCCCAAAACUUCAGCCAUUACAGCUGUACCUGUACGACUGGUGGCGGGUGCUGGAAGGGGAGGCGGCGUCUCUCUCGGACACGGAGAUUCAGGUGGUGCAGCUUGGAUUUAAGCUGCGGGAAUAG